ACUUGCAAGGGGUGAAAUCCCAAUAACUCAAACAAAAAUGCUUUUGAUUAAUUCUCCUUGAUGAUAGAAGCCAUACCUUGCCUUCCUCAGCUCUUUCACUUUCACACUAGAGUUUGCACAGGUCACCAAUGCAGCACUCUAACCCAGCUCUGAGAGAGAGAGAGAGAGAGAGAGAGAGAGCGUGUGUGUGUGGUGGCUGCAAAUACAAGAGGACAGCACAAGAGAUCUCCCACCAAAAACUGUCACCCUGCAGCGAUGGCUUCAACACGGGACAUGGAGCCACGAAGUGGCCACCAAUGAUGUCACCGUGCUCGUCUCACGGAUACUUCACCCGACCUCUGCCGCCGUGCGUGGCUGACCCACGUGCUCCUUUGGCCCGGCACGAACCUUUUCCCGCCACCCGCAACUCCCAGGUGGCCCCAGUCAAUCUAUCCAUCGAUUCCCCCUCUCUCGUUCAAGUAUAAGAAGGAGCGGGCUUAGAUCCUGUCGACUGGACGAGCUCGAGCACGAACAAGGAGGUGGGAGACACCCUGAUUUCUCUCUCUCCUCAUCCCUUCCUUUCUCCCCCCCAUGGACUACUCCCUCUUCCAGUCGCUACACUCGCCGGAAUCUUCCACUGGCUCCGGCGACCCCUUCCCCUGGACCGGCGUCGGGCUGUUCUACCCGGACGUUCCUGUCCCGUUCGACAUGAACGACUCCGAGGAGAUGCUCCUCCUCGGAAUGCUCGCGGAGGCCUCCGGUAAGGCGUCGUCCUCGUUAGAGGCCUGCGAGCGCAGCCCAGCCCAGCCCAAGGAGGAAGAGGUGGAUUCGCAGAGCAAGGUGGCGGACGAUCCCAAGGUGAAGUCGUACCGGGGGGUGAGAAAGCGGCCGUGGGGGAAGUUCGCGGCGGAGAUCCGGGACUCGACGCGGCACGGCAUACGGGUGUGGCUGGGAACGUUCGACAGCGCGGAGGCCGCGGCGCUGGCGUACGACCAGGCCGCCUUCUCGAUGCGGGGCUCGACGGCGGUGCUCAAUUUCCCGGUGGACCGGGUGCGGGAGUCGCUGAACGGCAUGAAAUGCUGGGAUGAACAGGAGGAGGAGGGGGUGUCGCCGGUGGUGGUGCUGAAGAGGAAGCACUCCAUGAGGAGGAAGUCGAUGGGCAAGAAGGCAAAGCAGAGCGAGACGAGCAUUCGUAGCGCGGAGAGCGUGUUGGAGCUAGAGGACUUAGGAGCAGAGUACUUGGAACAGCUUCUCACAACAUCAGAGGUUGCGCCAAUCCAUGCUCAGUGUUAAGCAUCUGUCUUGUGUUUUUUCUGUGGGAAAUCUCUCCCCUGUUCAUCAAAUUUGUUUCUUGUUUUGUUCUUCCAGUUGUCCAAGUAAUAAGAACCUCCUUUUUACUUGGCUACGUUUGUGAUAGUAAGAGAUUUUGAGAUCUUA